CUGGACCAUCUCCUGGCCACCCGACAAACCACGCAUCACCUCUACGACCACCACGCGUGUCGUUCAGCACGAAUCAGCAACGACCAUGGCGGCCUACUUCCGACGAAGAGCAGGGCUUGGACGCCGGCGUGACGGCUGAGCGCCCACCGAUACCGAGCGCUCUGCAGCAAGCCAACGAACCUGACACCACGCCGUUGCCAGCUCUCUCUAUGAUCGUUCUUUCCAUUAUAAUGUUGGGAGAGUUCCUAUCCGCGAAUGUCUCAACUCCGUUCCUCCUCUUCAUGGUGAAAGGUUUUGGCGAGUUCUCUGACGAAGCGGAAGCAGCAUACAUGACUGGAGUCCUAGUAUCCAUGUUUUUCCUUACCCAGUUCCUCACAUCAUUGCUUUGGGCGACUGUUGCUGAGCGAUACGGCCAGCGAGCUGUCAUGUUCGUGUCUUUGCUUGGCACUGCUGCUACCUGUGUCAUAUUCGGCACAGCGACUUCAUUUAAGGAAGCUGUGGCGAUAAGGCUCAUGCAAGGAGUAUUCGCGGGCGCUAUUGGCGUAGCUCGAGGCUCCGUCACCUUCAUCACGGACGCUUCCAACGAAGGUCGUGCAUAUGCCAUUCUCGGCUUCUGCUGGGGUUUCGGUGGUGUGGCAGGCGCCAUUAUUGGUGGGGCCUUCGAAACGCCUGCUAAGAAGUGGCCUGGAAUUUUUGAAAAGACAAUCUUCGUCAAUUAUCCGUAUUUGCUGCCCACGGCCAUCGCGUCCUCGAUAACGUUGACCGGUGCAAUCUUGACCUGUUUCCUCGGACCUGACGGUGGUCCUCGUCAAGGAGCUAUCAAACUGCCGGAGAAGGACGAAAACCGGCCCGCUACCAUUCCGGAAGAGGAGGAGGAUUCGGCUCCGAGCGUCAUCCUUGAAAGCAGCCCCAGAAAAUCCAUCUAUGGCUCUCUCCGCAAGAAGGUUUCUGGCUACUUCGGAAAGCCGUCUCAAGAUCCAGGCGAAGACGUUGCAACUCCACCUGUACCUAUGGCUGUCCCAGUGCCUCGUGUGCGGUCCGUCUCCCGCAGCAAAGCCGAUGGUUCCGCAUAUGGCUACGGGUCUGCUUACAAUAGGCGGUUUUCCAACAAUUUCGCUGCGGCCUCCUACCGGCGUGGUAGUGUGGCCCAGUCGCUCAUGCGCCGUAGAGGUAGCAACGCUGGAGACCUCAGGGCGUCGUUCGUGACCGAAACAGGCGAUCUUAACUUCGCGCAGCGUCUUGUGUUGGCAAAUGAGAAUGCUGUCACGAACAUUGCCGAUUUGUGGGUGGCGGCUGCGAUGAACGUCGACAACGAAGAGGUGUUUGAAUCGGACGAUGAUGAAGGCGCUGCCGAACCCGGCUUGUUGGGUGAGCUGGACGAGGAUGCUAUCGCGGAUACGCCCGGGUCGGCGACGUCCACACCAGCGAAGGACAGGCGGGCAUCGAGCAGCGUUACUACCACGCCAACCCGCGACUCUCGCGGUCUGGGCAAGCGACCGUCGAACCUCGGUGUCGGCUUCCGCAGGAAUCGGUUCAGCACGGUGUCGCCGCGUAGACCGUCUAAUUCGGCGGCGCGGAUCGCGUCUCUCUCCGCUCAGUCACCCGACGAGCUGCCCGUCGGCACCCUCUCUGCUCGCCGUGCAUCCAACGUCCCUUCCAUCUUCGCCCACUCUGGUCUCAAGACCCCUCCGGCUGUCAUGGAGCAGCAAUACCAACCCUUUGGGACGCCAUUUGAAGAUGAUACGCCUUCAGGUCCGGCGCCGGCCUCGGACUCUCUUGCUGCCAUUGCGGAAUCAAGGAGGACGUCCGUGACGAUGACGCGCCCUGCAAGUGAGGUGGAGUCGGUGUCGGAGAAAGCGCCGUCGUUGAUGUCGAUGCUGCCUAUCAUGAUGAUCGCGCAGUACGGGUUGCUUGCGUUACAUAGCACGACGCACGAUCAGGUGUUCUACUCUUACCUCGUUUCAAAAUACGAGGCUGGCGGCUUGAACCUCAAUCCGGGGCACUUUUCUCAACUCAUCGCGCUCAUGAGUUUGGCACAGAUCCUGUUCCAGUUCUACUUUUAUCCUAACAUUGGACCUCCCCGCGGGCGGUUCUCCCACCUGUCCAUGUUCAGACUUGGCUCGCUGCUGUUCAUCCCGGCGUACCUUUCUGUGACCGUAUACCGCGCCUUCGCGAGUCCGGACUCGACAGGCAACCUGUUCGUUAUGGCUGGCUUGGCGAUCAGCACGUCAAUUAGGUUCUGCGGCUCCACCUUCGCUUACACCGCCGUCUCCAUCCUCUUAAACUACAUGUCGCCGCCGCCGGUGGUCGGCUUUGCCAACGGCAUAGCGCAGAGCAUCGUCAGCCUUGCCCGUUUCCUCGGACCUAUUUUUGGCGGUUAUCUCUGGUCAGUCAGCGUAGACGGCGACCCAAACGGGUACUCGCUCGGCUUCAUCGUUGUCUCCGGCGUCUGUGCCGCCGCCAUCGCACACAGCUUCUUUAUACGCUAAAGCUAUUGCGCUCACCAUACGUAAGGAUACACUAUUCGGGGUGCAUAUUCAAGGACGGACCUGAUGUAGAAUAUCUUGCAUUGUUCGU